AUGGACAGGUCUUCAGAUGAUGGCAGGUUCUCAACAGAAAGAAUUAUCCGCAGGCACACUGCCACGGAUAACCACAUCCGACUGCCGCAAGAGCUAUCCCAUGCCAACCUGGGGCGUAGAAAAAGCACGAGUGAUAUCGGUCGUGAAAAAAUGGCCUUUUUACCCACUUUACGAAGAGCUGCAACGUUGAUGUUCACCCCGGAGAAAACAAUCGCCAAACCCCCCAAUACCUGGAGAAGCAUUCAAGCCAUCAUCGUUUCAUCAUGGUUCAACAUUCUGCUGGUGUUUAUUCCCAUAUCUUGGGCAAUCAACUUUGCUCUCCCUGAUCAACAGAGCUUAAUCUUUGUCUUGACGUUUCUUGCCAUCAUACCAUUGGCCAAGCUCCUGGCGUUCGCUACAGACGAACUCUCCAUAAGGGUUGGCCAAACUUUGGCAGGUCUUCUUAAUGCUACACUGGGAAAUGCCGUCGAACUUAUCGUUUCUAUUAUCGCCCUCACAAAAUGCGAACUCACGAUCGUCCAGUCCUCCUUGGUGGGAUCUAUUUUGAGCAAUCUUCUCUUGGUGCUGGGAAUGUGCUUCUUUGCCGGAGGAAUGCGCUUUUCAGAACAGGGUUUUGGGCAAAGUGCUGUGCAACUAAAUUCGUCACUACUUACCAUUAGCGUCAUUGCUGUUUUGCUGCCUGGCGCUUUCCACAUGGCAUUGCAGGGCCAGCCUGCAUAUAGUGAACUCUCGACAGAUUACAACAUACUAAAGACCAGCCACGGUGUUGCCAUCAUUCUCCUUUUCAUUUACGGUUCAUAUCUGGUGUUCCAACUGUUUUCACAUAAAGCCCUCUAUCACUCAAGUGGCCCGGACAUACAACAGUCAAAAGGCUAUGAGGGCGAGAAUCCAUGGCUAAGGUUGAGACUUUACCGUCGUAAAAAUGCUAAACUUGCACAAUCCCCUCCACUGGCGUGUAACGACGAAGUUGCGCCUGCUGAAGAUAGCGACUUAGAGCAUGCAUCUGCGUCUAUGGAGGACACUGAGGUAGAACCAGAUAUGAGUGUCCCUGUGUCCCUUGGGCUCCUGGUCGUUGUAACUGUGUUGGUAGCUGUUACCGCGGAGUUCCUUGUCGAUUCGAUCAACGGUUUGACUGCAUCUGGGGCCAUCGGUAAAGAGUUUGUUGCCGUGAUCUUGCUUCCCAUAGUCGGUAAUGCAGCGGAACAUGUUACUGCUGUCACAGUGUCCGUGAAGGACAAACUAACUCUGAGCUUGGGUGUUGCUGUUGGAUCAAGUAUCCAAAUUGCACUCUUCGUUAUACCGUUCAUUGUGACGCUCGCUUGGAUUAUGGGUAAACAAUUGACGCUCCUCUUCGAUCCGUUGGAAUCGAUCGUGCUAUUCUUGUCUGUCAUCACCGUGAACUACGUUGUACAGGACGGCAAGUCAAAUUGGUUGGAGGGCAUGAUUCUCAUGUGUUUAUACUUGAUCGUGGCCGUCACCUUCUGGUUUUACCCUGGUACGUCGCCGACUAAAAUGUCUGUAAAUUGCCGAGGUGCUAAGUAG